AUGGAAACACCGGAUACAGCAAAACUAGACGACGGAUACGUGAAGGAUGAGGCGUUUGGGUUGACCAACUCCAGCAAUCGAGAGGUGACAAUAGAAAGUGAUACUAAAGGCGUGUUGGGCAAACCGCAUGUAUUGGCAUGCUUAGCACAUUUUCACGGACUUGACAAAUCUGCCGGUGUGCAGUGGUCUUUGCGUGAUCGCAUUAUCUAUCCGCACACAUUUCCGGAUCAGAGAAGUGAGCCAGCCUGGAAUAACAUGAUGCCAUCCACAAGUAUUCGACUGUCCUCGUUGACUGGACAAAUGAUAGAUGUGACCAACCGUUGGAUCAAUAACCAUACUCUGUACAGUGUACUUCGGAUCAGCAAACUUACCCCGGAUUUUUUCGGACUUUGGAGAUGUAAAAAGUAUUCUAGGAAUGUUUUUGAACCACUCGUUGAAGGCACAUUUGUGCUCAAGGCCGAAGUCCAGGAAAAUUGA